AUGGAAGAAUCGCGAAAGCGGCUCUCCAAUGAGUCGCAUGCAGUGCUUGGCCACCUUGAUCCUCAGAGAUUCACGUCGCAAAUUCCUAUGGCAGUCAACGGGCGAAGGAGGAACAGCACCGCAUCCGCGAUCGGCGGAGCGGGGCUAUCUGAACUCAUCAAUAGAAGCAUGGCCAAAAAUAAACCGGAGGUACCGAAAAGAUCGUACACAGACUCUCGUAGAAGUCUUAUAGCGGACCGCAAGAGCUUGCGCUCAUCGCAGCGCACGUCGCUGCUUCCAAACCACGGGCUUAACAGUGCCAACACUACCAACACCAAUAAUAAAGACCCGCGGCCGCUGCGAGACAAGAACUUCCAAGUAGCCAUCCAGCAAGAAAUCUACGACUAUCUACACUCACAGAAGUUUGAUGUCCAGACAAAUCAUCCAAUUUCACUGAAGUCGCUGCGACAACCUACGCAGAAAGACUUUGUAUUCAUAUUUCGGUGGCUUUACCAACGGAUGGACCCGGGUUAUAAGUUCAGCAAGUCUAUUGAGCAUGAGGUCUAUACGAUUCUCAGGGCAAUCCAGUACCCUUACCUCGAGACGAUUAACAAAUCUCAGAUAUCCGCAGUCGGGGGCUCGAGCUGGCCUAAGUUCCUCGGCAUGCUGCAUUGGUUGGUAAACAUCAACAAACGGCUCGACAGCUACCUACAGAAAGUCGAUCUUACGCUGAUAAGCCAAAAUACCCAGGACAUCACUGUUCUACAACAACCGAUAGGAACCAUAGAUGAACAGGAGGACAAGCAAGAGAAAUACGAGCUGAUAGUCGAGCGCUUAUUUAUUGACUACAUUGUACAAUCUUACAAGAGCUUCCUGAGACUGGAUGACGACUACGACCAGUACAUGAAAGAGCUGGAGUUGGGUUUUGAAAAGUUUGCCCAGGUCAUCAGAAGCGAUAUUGCCAAUAUAGGCAUGCAGAACAGUGACUUGUCUGUCAAGUACCAAGAGUUAGUUGGAAAAGGGCAGGAUGUCAAGGUUGCGAAGGAUAAAUUCAACGCGCUCCGAAGCGAUUUGACAAAAUUUCAAAACUAUGUGAACGCGAUGCAGCAUAAGAGCCAGGAAUGGCCCAAAAAACUGGAGAAAAUGGAAACCGAAAGGGAAAAUAAGAUGUCGCAACUGAAAGCUACGGAAAACCAAAUUACUGAAUUCCGAGAUUUAAUAAAGGGCAAAAAUAUCGAAAUAGCGGAAGUGGAUAGACUAAAUGCUGAGCGCGAAAGGCUCACUAGAUCUCUUGAUUCUGUUUCAACAGAUAUGGAUCAGGCAGUCAGCCUUUUGAAGGCUCAGAAAAUGGAGGCUGAAAGCGCGUACAAGACGCUGCUUGAUGUUGGAAAACAGUAUGAAUCCGCGGUCGAAAGCUUAGUCGUAGCGCGCUUGAAUUUGGGACAUCAAUUGAAUACUGAUAACAGGAAAAUCUCUCUCCCAGAUACCUUUUACUCUCGUGGGUACGAGCCUGGCCAGUCUGGCCUCGAUAACGACAUACCUCCAGAAAUGGAUGUACGCGGAACGAUUAAGCCCAAGCUCUUAGAACUCAAUGAAGAAGUCAGAAGUCGCGUUCAGAAACUGCAACAGGAAAAUGCAUCAUUUGAAGCACAUUUAGAAAAUCUCAAACAAGAGAUUAGUGAGAAAACGAGAUACCUCGAGAGCUUAGAGAACGAGCUGUCAAUCGCCAAAUCCCAAUACGAUGAACAGCAGCAGGAAAGUCAAAGCCAUCUAUUGUCACAGCGAAUUGAAAUCGAAAAAAUGGAACGGAAGCUUCAAAAUGUUAGAUAUUCUUCUCAUCAGAAAAUUGCGGAAGCAGAGCAAAAGGUUCAAAGUACAAAACUCAAAUACGAGGAACUAAAACUUGCUGUGAACCGAGAAAGAAAUAUCUUACACGGUAAAGUUAUUCAACUAAUUGACUACGUCAGUGACUUCAAAAUCAACGUACAGUCUGCAGUCGAAGACUUGGAUUACCUCGCAAUAGAAGAACUCAAUAAAAUAAAGUUCGAGUAA